AUGUAUACUGCAGACUCGAUGAUAUUGAAGUUCCCACAGUUACACAAUGUUAACAUCAAUGUUGAUAAACUAGCUUCUCAAAUAUACCAGCCUAUUUCAACUGACAAACUAAGGCAAACAAUGAUACAAAUUGCAAAUUCAAUCCAUGUUGCAAAAGUUGAUGAGUUUGCUAAGCUUGCCUGUACCUGUGUUGCCAUUGAUGAGGGGAAGACUCAGCAGUUUCACAAUCUGGACUUCUCCCUCACAAAUCCUCUGCAAAGUAAGCGGCCCUAUCCUGUUGAGUCAAUCCAAAUGAAUGGUGGAACAUCUGAAGAUUAUAUCCACUCGCUUACUCAAGGAUUUAACAGAAUCUUCAUUAGAGAUGUUAAGAUCAGCAGUGUAGUUUGCGAUGGCAAUAAAGCGCAAUUGAAAUGUUUUCAGAAAGGAUGGAAUCAAUCGUUCUACAACUCAAAUGACCCAAGGUUAUUCAAAAUCUUGUUUAUCCCGUGUUUAUGCCACAGGAUUCAUAAUUGUUAUCAAUAUAUGACAACAAAAGACGUAGCAUUAGGAGCAAUUGUGAAACAUAUCCACGAAAUAUCAGCUCUUUGUAGAAUCCAUGUUGAAGACAUCGGAGCUCUCUGUCCAAAGCAUGUAUCCACCAGGUGGAUCUAUGAUUAUAAUAUUUGUAUGUUUAUUAUCAAGUAUCAAGACAAAAUUUCAAGAUAUACGCGUAUUGAUAUUGAAAACAUCAAGUUCUUAAGAGACUGCUUGGCAAUUCUCAAGAAGCUUAUUUCCACGUUCGAAUCAGAUAAAACCAAGAUAUCUGAUUGCUACGUAUGGCUUUGCAAGGGUAUUGAAGCACUCCAAUACCUUUCCAGCAGCAACAACAAUCCUUUUGCUGGAAUCCUUUCAAGAUCGUUGUUGAACUAUACCCUUGGAUCGGACUUUGGAGGUCUUUGGUGCUUAGCCUUCGCUUUUACACCGAAAG